GUUAAGCGUUUCCAAAUUGAGUGCUACCAUGAAGGCUAUUUCAUCCUCCUGCAUCCACCACCAUCUCCCGGUGGCUCACCACCGCCGCACCAACCAGACUUUCAUUAUUCGUGGCUUUCAAGAAGUUGCCACGCUCCCCAAACAGCAGAGCGCCAGCUCUCGCCUAUCCCAAUCGCUCUCAAACCUCCUUCGUCUCCAUGUUGACACCCCUCCUAGAACUGACUUUCAGAGUUCUACUGGUAUUUCUCUCAUUGAUGAGAAGCACUCCACUCCAACAUGUUCUCCCAAAGAAGACAUAUCGAACAAAUGGAGCGAAAUUCAUGGUUCCUGUGAUUGGGACAAUCUUCUUGACCCUCUUCAACCUUGGCUUCGCAGAGAGAUUGUCGAGUAUGGAGAAUUCGCGCAGGCGACUUAUGAUGCAUUUGACUUCGAUUUAUUCUCGGAGUAUUGUGUUGAGAUAUUAUGAAUGCUUUCCUUAUAUCAUUAUUUCCUUAUAUCAUUUAGU